AACACCUGAGCAGGAGAAAGUUUUCUGUCCCAGCAGUGAACUCAGGUGUGCAGGUGUGAGAUAAGAUCUCUGCGCUGCAGAAGAAGACUUUCCUCUAAGAUUCGGUUCCGAGUUCUGAGGUUGGAUCAUGUUCUGGGUCUGAGCGGGACCAGGUCUGAGCGCAGGCUGUGUGUGUGUGUGUGUGUGUGUGUGUGUGUGUGUGUGUGUGUGUUGCGCCCUGGCGGCCCCGCCCCCCUCCCUCCGCCUAUAAAGCCUCACCAUGACAGCUCAGAGGUUACUGAGCAGCAGGAAUCAGCCCCGCAGCCCGCAGCUUCACGCAGCUCCUCUCCACGCACACUCAGAGUGUCACGCAGCUGCAGGUCUCGCUGAGCGCAGCUGGUCUCACCUGAGAGCCCCACCUGAGAGCCCCACCUUCUCUAAAACUGGAUUCCCGGAGCUCCUCGCCAUGCAUGCCCGGGUUUAGGUUCUCCAUGGAGCUCUCCAACCUGUACGAGGCGGCGCCCCGGCCCCUGAUGAGCAGCUUGACCCACAGCCAGCAGCCCUCCUCCGGCUACAGAGACCCGGCUGACCUCGGCGGUGACAUCGGAGACAACGAGACGUCCAUCGACCUGAGCGCCUACAUCGACCCUUCAGCCUUCAACGACGACUUCCUGGCCGACCUGUUCCACCACAGCUCCCGGCAGGACAAGCUGAAGAUGAUGAGCGGAGACUAUGACUCUGUGUCCCAGCAGCAGCUCUACAUGUCCGGAUACAUGGACUCCAAGAUGGAGCCCUUCUACGAGCACAACCCGCCGCGCAUCCGCCCGGUGGCCAUCAAGCAGGAGCCGCGGGACGACGAGGACAUGAACCUGAACCUGCCGCCCUCCUACCACCACCCCCACCCUCACCCUCACUCCCAGUACUCCCAGCACCACCAGCAGCCCCCCCAGCAGCAGCAGCAGCAGCAGAUGCCGCACCUUCAGUACCAGAUUGCGCAUUGCGCGCAGACCACCAUGCACCUCCAGCCGGGACACCCGACCCCUCCACCGACCCCGGUGCCCAGCCCCCACCACCAGCACCCCCACCACCAGCAGCAGGGCAGCCUGAAGCUGCUGGAGCAGCAGCGGGCAGGAGGGAAGUCCAAGAAGCACGUCGAUAAGAGCAGCCCGGAGUACCGGCUGCGGCGCGAGCGCAACAACGUGGCGGUGCGUAAAAGCCGCGACAAGGCGAAGAUGCGCAACCUGGAGACGCAGCAGAAGGUGGUGGAGCUGACGGCCGACAACGACCGGCUGAGGCGGAGGGUGGAGCACCUGACCCGGGAGCUGGACACGCUGCGGGGCAUCUUCAGGCAGCUGCCGGACGGCUCCUUCAAACCCAUGGGCAGCUGAGGGAACCGGACCGGUUCUGGACUGGUACUUUCUGGAUUUACUGGAGGGCCUCACUGAGGAACAUCUGGACUGCUUCUCCUCAGUUUCUCCUCCAGCAGCUACAAACUGAACCAAAAGAAAUCCAAUGAUUUAAACCCCAGCAGACUGGAAGCAGCUUUGGUUGUUUUAUUUCUGAAUGAACCAAACUCAGAACUUGUUACUGGACCUUCAUCUCACUGACUAAACUGAAAGGAGGGAGACGGACUCAUUCCGGAGGCUUUUCUCUCCACGUUUGUGCCUUUUUGAGAGUUUUGCGCAUAAAGCCGAUAAGCUGAUCCAUAGAGCCGCCAGCAGAGCUCAGCUGGUUCUGUGCCUUAUUCUCACACAGAUUCAGCAGCUGUCAGAACCGUGCAGCUAAGGAAGGAAUCAUUGGACCUGGUUUCAACCUGUCUUUCCUUUAUACAUGUGCUUUGUUCUGUGUUUGUAACCAUCUCCAUGAAGUGAGCUGUUGACCCUGCAGAUGGUCCAGAACAUCCAGGAUCGAGGACUCGGACCCGUGGUACCUGCUGCUUCAUGCAUCCUGCAGGGAAACCUCUGCAGAGACGGAAGCAGCCUUUCACAUGCACUAUAACCUGUAGCACCUUGUCUCAGAGACAUGAGCGGUACUGAUCCGGACACAAACAGAACUCUCUGCACAUAUCCCAGUGUUUUCAUGUGGUUUUAUUUUUCUUUUAUUCUGUGUGUAAAUGUGAACGGGUUUCUAUGCAGGGCGGCUCUUCCUCUUCUCCUCUGGUGAGUCAUCCUCACACAGUGCCUUCAGUGACCUUUGACCCGUGACCAACGGCUCUGUUAGAAUCAUUUUCAGGCUUGUGUCAGCGAGGAAGAAGCACUUUUGUUUCUGUGUAUUUCAAACUUUUUGACCCAAGUGUAAAAUAAGUCACUAUAUAAAUAUAUAUAUGAAUGAAUAUGAAACACAAAAAAUAAAAAAAACAAACAUCUGAAGCAUUUUAAUAAAAGAACCUUGUUUUAUCACAUCCUCCUGCUGCUUCUGGACGUUUUUCCUGACCUCUAUUAAAACUGCAGCCAGCUGACUGUUCCCAACGUUCGUAUUGAACCUGGUUUUAGAAGCAGAUAAUAAAAUCUUUUCCUUGGUUUGAUCUUUAAGGCAUGUUUUCAGCUUCACUCAGAUUAUUGAUUUAAACAAAUCCGACGGGUCUGCAGGUCCUGAUGCGCUGCAAAGCUGCAGCUUCAAGGUGGUUCUGGUCCAGUCAGCGCUCAGCCUGCAGCAUCAUUCAUAAGCUGAGCUUUAAUCUGAGAGAAGAGCUCAGCCUGAGCAGGAAAAUGCUCUAGGAGAAGAAUCAGAAAUGGGUCAACAUGUUUGACCAGACCAGAUGCUGGUAUUUCAGCC